GGAGAAAAGGAGGAGGAGGGGGGAGAGUCCCCUCCAGCUGUCGAGCGCAUCACUGACAGGCAGGUCGGUGCGCACCGCAGACGUCCACGGCACAUCUCCGUGGCCAUCGAUCCUCCUGACACGCAGUCCAGCGGCCCCUCCAGACCAGCACCAUUCUGACACAUGGAGGGGGCGGGAAGGUUAGUUUGAAGAGAGCUCUGUGAGAGGACGCCGAUAUCGCAGAACCAGAAAGCCCGGUGGACACUAACGGCUCUGAGAGGAAUCACCAGAACAACUCCAGUCGGCGGAGAGAUCGGAAACGCUGAAAUCCUCGAUUUGAGAUGGCGGUCAUGCUUAUGAAGAUCGAAUCUCUGGGCUUGUGGAUCGUGGCGCUGCUGCUCAGCCUCCUUCUUCCAGCCAGGGCAGUUGUUGGACACAGAGAACCACUUCCCGAUGACGGCAAAGACAACAUUACUAUUUUCACCCGAAUUCUAGACCGACUUCUGGAUGGAUAUGACAACCGACUACGUCCUGGACUGGGAGAGAGUGUCACCGAGGUCAGGACCAACAUCUACGUGACAAGUUUUGGGCCGGUGUCUGAUACAGACAUGGAGUACACCAUAGACGUGUUCUUUCGUCAGAGCUGGAGAGAUGAAAGGCUGAAGUUUGAUGGACCAAUGGAGGUUUUACCUCUCAACAAUCUCCUGGCCAGUAAGAUCUGGACUCCUGACACCUUUUUCCACAAUGGGAAGAAAUCUGUGGCUCACAACAUGACGACACCCAACAAACUUCUGCGAUUAGUCGACAAUGGUACUCUUCUCUACACAAUGAGGUUGACCAUCCACGCGGAGUGCCCCAUGCACCUGGAGGAUUUCCCAAUGGAUGCACAUGCCUGUCCCUUGAAGUUUGGAAGCUAUGCAUACACCAACAAUGAGGUGAUUUACCUUUGGACUCAGGGAGACGAGAGGUCCGUCUCUGUGGCAGAAGAUGGAUCCAGGCUCAACCAGUAUGACUUACUGGGACAUGUUAUUGGCAAAGAAACCAUCAGCUCCAGCACAGGAGAAUAUGUAGUGAUGACUACAUAUUUCCAUUUGAAAAGGAAAAUUGGGUAUUUUGUGAUCCAGACCUACCUCCCCUGCAUCAUGACGGUCAUACUGUCUCAGGUGUCGUUCUGGCUGAACAGGGAGUCGGUGCCAGCUCGCACUGUAUUUGGGGUAACCACAGUCCUAACCAUGACCACCUUGAGCAUCAGUGCUAGAAACUCACUGCCCAAGGUGGCGUACGCCACAGCCAUGGACUGGUUCAUGGCUGUGUGCUAUGCCUUUGUCUUCUCUGCCUUGAUUGAGUUUGCUACAGUCAACUACUUCACCAAGCGGAGCUGGGCAUGGGAUGGGAAAAAAGAGGGUAUGGAGAUAAGGGAACCGUUUCAGGCUAACAUGGCCAGGAUUAACGAUAUGAGGAGAGAAUCUGCAACUCUUUCCAAAAAGACAAACAACACCUUCAACAUUGUUGGGACCACCUAUGCUAUGAAUGCAGCUAAAGACCAAGGUUUAACCACCAUUUCCAAGAGCGCCCCCACAGCAGCGUCCAAACACUCGCACUAUCUGCACAAAAUGGAUGACCCUUACACAGAGGCCAAGAAGUCGUACAACCGCGUCAGCAAAGUGGACAAAAUAUCACGCAUCAUUUUCCCUGUUCUGUUCUUCAUCUUCAACUUGGGCUACUGGGCCACGUAUGUCAACAGAAAACCUGCAAUCAUGGAGGCAAACAAAGAAAACUGAAAUCGAUUGAGAGCUAAUCUCCGUCCGGUUUGGGAGGCAAAGUCGUUGGAGGCAAAGUCCAUCACAUCUGUGCUGCAUUUGUUGAUUUAAUAUUUCAGGCGUUAAAUUAUUUGUGGUCCCAAAUAUUACUUGAUCUUUAUUCACUUAUAUUUGCUUUAAGUCAGAAGUUAAGAUUCAUGUCUUGAUGAUGCGAUGAUGCAUUCGACUCAGAUUCACUCGAGAUGUUUUGACAUUACAUUGCUAUUUUGUGCGUUCAUAUUUUCCUAUGUCAAUUGAAGGGUUAAUGAACGAGUCACUGACUCUUCAGACGUUGCGUCGCGCCAUGUCAUAUGAAGUCAAGAUAGAAAUUCCUUCCCCCUGUUAAUUCCUCAAUUUGAAUUUCAAUAUUUUCUCAAUACUGAAUCAACAAAUUGCACUCAGAUCUAUGUUUCGUUUUGGUGUGUGAGUGUUUGUAUGUGCUUUUGUGUGUAUUUUAUUUGUUCAUUUUAUUAUUUUUAGCGGACAAAUAUUGACCUAAUGUGUUGCACCCCAGCAGAGAUCCAUUCUCCUGCCAGACUGUGUGUAUUUCUGUUGACUCUCCUCCUCUUUGCUCCAGCCCUGACCCUCGUGAGUAACUACUGUUCCUCUGCUGUGACUCGAUAGCUUCUUGUUCAUUGGUGUUUUUGCUUUCAAUUGUUUGUCACUAAGUCAGAGUGAGCAUGCAGCAGUGCUUUCACUCUGAAUUAUGACUGAUGUGGAACGCACUUAUGUGGAGCCAACGACCUGCACACUCACGCACAAACACACGCAUCUGCUGCUUUGUUGUGUACAUCGUAUUUCUCCAUAUAUGAAGAUCAUUAUUAAUCACCAGUGUUUGGACGUUCACUCACUGAAUCACAAAUUGCGUUCACAUCCCAUGUGGCUGCCUGUACAUUUUAUAGUCCAGUGUCUGUCAUUGUUUUAACUGGCUGAGUGUGUUCACCAACAGAGAAGCUAUGUGCCUUGGUGUAUACACACAUCACGAGGAGGGAAAAAAAGCUUUCGUAGUAAUCAUUUACAUAGAACGUCUAAGCCAAUAUCACGUGCAAACACACGCUGGUGACCACAGGCAUUACCACUCGGCGAAGAGUCCUGCCCCACCCCUUCAACUGCCGAUGGGAACAGGCACCCAGUGUAAAAUUGCCCAUUAGUGUGGAAGGUUAACAGACCACUGCCUGUGAAAAAAAUGAAGCAAAGCGAUUCAACAAAUGUCCCUGUUAUUAUCAUCUGCAUUGGGGCUUUGGCUCAUGAAGCAGCUUCUCCAUGAACAGUUGUCGUGACAAAGAACCACCAUUACCUCACGCUACAUCCACACUCACACUGUUAUUUUACACAACUGUAACUGCAUUAUUCAAAGCGCUUCAUCGGCUGAGGCUGCUAUGGUCACUGUUUUUGCCUUCAAACAACAAGACUUAUUUCUCGAGAGACAAUAUAAAGAGCCGUUUAUACGUUAAUACGAGUAGUGAAGCCUUCACGCCUAAUAGAUGCUGACGCAUGGUUGGUGAAAACUAAACCUAUUAUGUGUUAUACUGUGCCAUGAUUGCCAGAAUAUAUCUGCUAUUACUUAACCACUAAAUAAUGCUUCAUUCAUAACUAGUGUAGUAAAAAUUUGAACUCAGAUAGGUGACCAUUUCCAGUAACACAGCUAAUUUGUUUCCCUUUUUCCUGCUAUGAUUUUCCUCCUCCUACUGAAAUAAGAGCUUCUAGUGAUGGGUAAAGAGUAGACUGAGCAACAGUAGCGCAAUGACAUAAGAAUUUUCAAAGUGUGUUUGACAUUGACUGUGGUUACAUGCAGAGAGUUGCCCAACUUCGGCAAAAUCAUAUUUAAGCUAUUGCAUCAUGUUCUCCCAGUUUACAUGCAGUGCACAGACAGCCGAGCUGCAGUGUCAGUAGUUCACCUGCGAGACGAAGGGUGGCGCUAUCAGCUCUUCAGUCCCUCCAGUCCCAUGACCGUCAAGGAAGAGCAGUCGAAGUUGACAGGUCGCAAAAAGUCUGUCAUGGUCGUAAACAUCGUUGGGAUUUGGGACUAAACUCAGAUGUCUGAAUAAAACUCAAUAUUCCAGAUUGUGUUGUCUAUGUAUUCAAAAGUGAUAGAUGUGGGAGUAUCUUAAGUGUCACACUUUUGAUCACCAGCAAACAAAUCACAUCUUCUAAUCUUCUUGUGGGAGCUAGUGAUAAAAAUGAGAUGGGUGAAGGAAGUUGAAGACAAAUCUGUAGAUCAUCAUCGUGAAUUACAAAACAGGUGUUUUGACUUAUUAGACCGUGAAUAGUCUAGGAAUUUGUUUCCUUCCGCUGCGUAGCUGAAGCUCAUUCAGCCGCACAUCACCCAGUCCGCUCAUAGCUACGGUCCGACUAAGAGAAUUUAGAAUUGCUCUCCAGUAGAACUGCACUUAGCAAUGACGCAAUAAUUUGGUUUUCUGGGCCGCAACGUAACCACAGUCAUUGUCAUUAGCCACAGAAGCUUACCACAACAUCAAAAAUGAUGAAAUCAAAAUCCAAUAAAAGGCGAGUUCUUGUGGCGGAAAGGAGGAAAAAUCAUAGAUGUUGUGGAAAAAAAAGACAGAGAGAGAUUUAUUUUUACUUUAAGUUCUACUGUUAUCAAGGGACGGAAUAUGCCCAUGUAGUUUCAGUAGUAUAUGUCAAUUUAACUGUCACUGAAUUUACCCACCGACUAUAAAUAAGUCAUGGCAUCAGCGCACGCAACAUUGUGGCAACAUACCCAGCCACACUCACAUGCUUGUGCUACAUUAAAGUUAGUAUUCAAAGCUACUCAUAACAAGAUGUUAAAACGCUGUUCUGACAACUUAUCUCAAGACAAUAUGCUCCCCUUUGUGUUCUGCGCUGUCACUUGAUAUCACUUUUGUAUGGGAAAUUGUUUUGAAAUCAUAUUUUUGAAGAUAAUAAUUGCUUCUUUCAUCCAAACAGAAACUGCAAAUAGGUAAGAUUUAGAUAAAAAAAAGUCACUAUAUAGAAUAUUUAAAGAAAAAAAUCACUAUAGGUUGAAAACAAAUACAUUUUUAGAUCAGAUGUUCCGUGAUCACUGUUCAAGUUUUUUACAUCACAAAUAUUUUUUUGUUUUAUGACAGCUGUUUUGUUCGUGUUUGUAUGCUACUCCAUGAUUCUGUUGAACGUCCUUUUUCCUUUCUUAGUUGGCCUUGUCACUUCUGUCGUGGACAUGUGAAGUCACACUGGACUCGAUUCCAUCACUGCACUCUGUGUGAAACAGCAUGAUGCUGCCAUAUUUGUAGAAGAAUAUUACAGUGACGUCUGCAAUAAUGAACCAACUAUAACUGUUUUAAUUUCAAGGUUUGGAACUGUUUAUGUUUUAUCCAUAUAUGUGUUGUUUAUGUUUGAGCCCCAGGUACACUUGUUUUGUAAGUGUCCGUGUGUGUUUGGUGGUGAGACAAUAUUCCCGUGGCCUUUCUUUGAUGUGUAAACGCCACAGACUAUGUACCUUUCCGUUCGUGCAUGACUACCUAUUUGUUUGUAGGUGUGGCUGCAACCUUGGAUCCUGUGGGGCUUUGCAUUUGUCUGUGGCCUGUUCUGCCAUCCACUCACAAAUCCUUUUCAUCAUUCAUGAUUCCCGACAAUGACAAAGAUCUAUAAGUGCUUUCACACUCAUUUGGCAGCAGACUUCAUUUCAACACACAAGCAACUCCAAUCCAUAAUUCUCCUCCUCCCAUCACAUCUAUCUAUUAAUCAGUUUAGACUAAUUUGAGAAAAAAGGAAAUUGUUGGUUACACAGUUGACUGUCCCGUUAAUAUCUGAGUGUGUAGUUAAUGAUCAAUAGAUGAAAUCCUCACGCUCCUUUUUCAAGAUGUGUAGUGGAGCUUUGGUCCUUGAAACAAACAAAGACUGAGAGAAUCACAGACAUGCUAAGCUCACGGCCAGAAACAUGGGACAGAAUCAUGUUUAUGUUUCUUCAGAAAUUAAGAAUUAACUCAAAUGUGUAUGAGAAAAUAAGAAUAGCUCAGCAGCUUACUGUCCUGUGGCUGCGUUUCAUUGGUUCAUGACACAUACCUGUCGAGAGGAGACGCUUAUUUGGGAUUGUGCUGAGAAAGACUUGUGGGAUAAUGAUGCUUUGAAGGAGGGUGAAGACUGAUGUAAGUGUUGCUGCUGCAGGCGAUGGGCUGAUAUUACGGACCACUCAGACACACGGACGACGUCAGGUGUGUAUUCGGGAUUGUCAGGUUGUUUGAGAAUCCUUUUUUUCCAAACUGUUUUCUUCGCUUCUACAUUUAACAAGUGAUUUUUACGAUGGAGGGCAAGAAUCAAUAGCACUUGGAAAAAAAGGCUUUAAGGAGCCCCACCGAAGCCCAACACAUGUAGAGCUCUAGAUCCAAAGAAGAGCAAACCCUUUUAAUUUUGCCACCACAAGAUAGGGAUCAAGACCGUCUUUCACCAAAAAACGGAGGCUAGCAGCUUUGUGUCCAGUGCACUUCCUGUCAGGGCAGAUGUGGGUACCCAGAUAUACAUACAUAUGGAGACAGUUUCCACCUGUGCUGCAUGCAGGGGCUGUGGUUCCGUCUGUUCCUCCAGAAGUUAAUUCCUUUCUUACAGACUUUUAAGUCGUACCAUGUUGACAGUAUUUUCUACCUCAGUCCUGCAUUCUGCGUCAUUGAGCUGCCAAACCAUGGUGGUGCAUCUUAUAAUGGGGCGACUGGGUGGAUCAGGGCGCAGUAGAGUGAGCACAGGUCCUCCUCCCAACUUGCACCAAAUUAAGAUCAUUUUUAACACUGGUAUAAGUUCAAGGAAGGAUCCGUGGCCUGGUUCCAGAUGAUGGUGUUGAAGACCGAUCUGAAGGCCAAAAUUUGCUGGCCCUGGCAGAUGACAGUUGACGGUAGUUGGACACUUGUGACUUGUGUCUUGUUUGCUCCGGAUCGGUCUCUGAUAAGACAGGUACCAGUUGAGGUCAUUCCUGCGUCUCCUUUUACUGAUUCCACCCCCAAAUCGACCCUGUAACACUAAGAAGUGAGCCUCAAAGCCCUUCAAAGAAAACAUUUGACACGACCAAAACUGGAGACCCCCAUAACCAAACAUCAAUUGUAAAUAGAAAUAAUGUAUGUAAAAUUGUAUAAUACAGUAUUUCCCAAGCAAAUAUAUAGUUUUGAUUUACCAAGAUAAUCAUAUUGAUAUACUCGCUUCACAUCACAAAUGCGACCAUACAUGAAUAAAUAAGAUUCAGAGACGCCCAUAAAUGGUAUUAUAUAAUAAGGCUUCUAUUCAACUACGAGGCAUUUGUCAGCACAUGCAGGACGACCAGGAGGCUUGUUUCCUCAAUUUUUCACAUCAUGUGUUGAUAUUCCGUUGGUGUCGCAGUUGUUUAUUGAUCGCUUCUUUCAGACUGAGCCAAUAUGCAGUACCUUCUUAAUGCACAUCAUGUUUGUCCUAUGGAAUAGUAGGGAAAAAAAAAAAAAAAAAAAAGGAAAAACAGCCACACAACUACAACCUCUGUGUCUUUGGAGUUUAAUGUUUUUGUUGUCAUUGAAAUACUUCAGCAAAAACAUGUCAUCCAAUACAGACACACACACAUAUAUAUAUAAAUAUUAAAUAAAGCAUUAAAAAUGUUUUAUGAUCUCUGCCGUAUUGAUGCAAAACUCGGAUAGAAAGCCGUACUUUCUUAGGUAAACACAACUUAUAGAGCUCAAUGGCAGUGGCUGCAGGCUCAAAAUAGUGUUGCCAACUUGUGAAUUUGUAUAUAAUCGUGAUAUCAGAUACAUUUUGUUUUUGUUUUGUUUUUCGUUUGUUUGUGUGAAUAUUGAUAUGUCACGUCCAUUAUUUUUACAUUUGAUAAGUACAGCUGUGGUACGUUCUGCUCUGUAACACUACGUGUUAUGGUAUUUUAAAAUGUAGAGAUACUUCAGUACCUUGUGUGCACUUCAAAUCUAACUGUGAAUUAGCAGCUGUUUGCCAGCAGAGUUGUACACACUGUGUUCUCUCUCCAGCAAUUUCACUGCAUGUCCCAUCGCAUUGAGAGCUCUGGACUUCCUUGACACUCUCUCUGGGAACACGGCAGACUGUGUUUAGUUGUAGGAGGACGCUCUCAUACGCUCAGUGACUGGAUCUCUGUAUGUUGACCUAUCUCGUUCAUGUGCUUACUGUAUGAGAUGUAGCAAAUGGAAAUGGAAAUUAA